GCUGUUUGUUUCCGAACAAUGGCGGGUUAGACAGCUUAAACGACGUCGAGUCGCUCAAUGACAUUUAUCGUGUCAACAAACACCCUAUAGCAGAUAAGUAAUAAAAACAUCGAUUGAAUCGUGAUAUUACAAUAAUUUUCAGUGGACGAAAAACGAUAAAUUUUGCGCGAAAAAUAUAACAAUCCUUAUUUUCACGUAUUCGAAGCGUGAAAAAGUGAAAUAAAGCUAAGUAGUGUAAUUCCAACCAAGUUUUCACGAUCAAAUGCCAUUGAAUUUCCUAACCUACUGAUAAGCAACGCUGAUAUGGUAUCUUGCGAUGAAACAAGACUCGAAUUGGUACCGGUUAUUAGAGAUAAGAACGGAGAGAAAGAAGAAUCCGUCACUUUUAUUGAACAAUACGUCAAAGAAGUCAAUGACUUUAGUUCCCAGUAUGGCAGCAAUAUUAGCAUUUCUUACACUGCAUACAACAUUGCUGGCAAUCCCAGUAAAUUUCCUGACUAUGGUGAUUAUCCACAGGCAUUUGUCAUGAGAACAUAUGGACAAUGGUGGGACGAGGCGCCAUCUACAUUAAUAGAUUUCAUGCCUCAAAAUAAUGGAGCACAAAUUAGUCACGAUUAUAUAGAUAUUGAAUAUCAUCAGGAAGUUUAUCCAAUAAGAGUGUCCAUUUACGAGACCUACAAUCCAGGUAGUGUGAUAAGAAUCUGGGCUAGGGACAACUGCAACCAAUGGUUCCAGUUAUGGAGCGGGCCACCGCAGCGAGUACCUCACAAACCCAGAAUAUUUUCUCCUCCAUUGCAGCUAUGUAGCUUUAAAACGAAGAUCCUUAGACUUGAGUUCAAUCACAGUCUAUUGGAUUAUUACACAGAGUUAGAUGCAGUACUUUUGAUUGGUACAUCGGAGCUGAUUUUACCUCAUGUUGGUUUUAAGAACCGAAACCUUAGUGCCUUGCUGCAAGAACUUGGAGGCACAGGAAGUAAUAACGAGGACAAACAUAAUUUGACUCCUGAUCAUUCGAAAGCGAACAAUGACUUGUCUAAACUCAAAGUUACACUGCACAAACAUUGCGUUUUGUACAAAAGCAAAAUUAUGGACAAACUUCCAAAAGGAAAAUUAUUAUCAAAACUGGGACUUCACUGUCAUUUCAUUCCACCUAUCGAAGAAGCCUUCAACAGUUUGCAGCAAUUUUUGCAAGAAGACUUUCCCAAACUUAUAAAAGAAAUGAAUGUUUCGACGUCACCCACCUUGUCAGUUGCUUCAAUUGAUUCGUCACCUGGAGGAAGCGGAACUGUGCACGAAACUUGUGGAAGCUUUGCCGUACUCCCAGACGAAACAGUGUUGAAAAUUCUAAAAAAUUUGGAUCUAAGGUCUCUCUGCAAUUGUUGUAAAGUCAACAGGCAUUUUAACAACAUAGCACGUGAUGCUCUGCUCUAUACCAGUUUAAACUUAAAACCCUAUUGGUAUUGCAUCGAUACCGCUGCUCUGAAUUAUUUAACACCUCGCUGUCAAUAUCUUCAACGAUUGGAUUUGUCCUGGUGUGGCAGCUACAAUACUAUCGAACCCAAAGACAUAAUAGUCUUUAUAAACACUUGUGGAACUUUGUUGACUCAUUUGCGAUUGAACUGUUGCCAUUUUGUAAAUGACAGUGUUAUCGCAGAAAUUUCGACAAGUUGCAAGAAUCUCAAAGAACUUUGCCUUCGGAAUUGCACGGCAGUAACAAAGUACGGAUUUUCCAGUCUCGAGAAAUUACAAUUUCUCGAACGUCUUGAGCUUUACCGCACCGCGAUUGAAACAAUAACGUUGUGUUCGAUCUUACGAAAAAAUAAUCAAAUGCGACACCUAAACGUCGCUGGUAUGCACGAGAGACUAAACAUGGACGACGUAGCAAUCGAAAUCGCCAAUUCAUGUUCGAAUCUCGAGAGCAUCGAUUGCUGGAAAGCUCAAACACUCACGCCAACCGGAGUCAGAGCUCUGACGCGUUGUACUCGUUUACGCGAAGUCGAUUUUGGGUGGUGUUCGGGAAUGGGAGCUCCGGGCGAUUCGUUAAGAACGUUUCUAACUUGCUGCUCGUCCCUGGAAAAGGUGUUCUUGAGCGCACUUCGUGGUUUAACGGAUCGGGACAUCGAGCCAUUGUUGUUGUGCAAUCGACUCGAGCAAUUGGAUUUGCUCGGGGCUCGUUCUCUCACGCCUGAAAUAUGUCUACGAUUUUUGCUCUGUUGUCCACAAUUGCGAAUGAUGGAUUUGAGCUUUUGCGACGCUAUAAGCGAUACCAAAGUACAAGAAUGGCGACAACUUUAUCCCCACGUAUCAAUCAAGAGAAGUUUUCAAGCUGGUCGAUUUGACCUCGUCCGCGGUGAAUCCGCCAAUUUUCACGGUUGAAAAAUGAAGCAGUUGCUUUGUGCAAAGAAAACAUUGCGGCAUAUAACGGCAUAUACCGGUACAAAGUUCUUGAUAAAAUUGGAAGUAAACAAUAAAAAAAAAAAGAUUGUGAUACACAAUUUUUUAUUGCCAGAUUAUGCGAUUGGAGUUUGCAUGGUCGAAAAACAAGAAAAAUUAUUCUCACGGUUUUUCGCAUAUCGUUGUUCUUCGAGUUACAAUUUUUCUCAUAGCUCUUGUCUAUGAAUCUGCAGAAAAAAAAAACAAAUGAAAACCUGCACCAGCUUCUUAGCUGAAAUUCUCACAAAACUGUGGAUGAAAGUGAGACAAAUUUUGUUGUUUUUGAGUCGUGCAAACUUCAAAAUCAUAUUAAAUAUCCUAAACUUUUGUGGUGUAUCAAAAUAUUUGUAAUUAGGCGUAAAGUAAUCGAAUCGUACGCGUUAAUGAGCUGCCAUAAGGAGUUUUAUACAUUUGUAGAAAAACUUUGAAAAAACUCAACAUUUACUCCACCUCAGAUUGUACUCAUAGCUGUUGUUUUAUUGCACUCGCUGAAAGCGUUCUGAUUAUCUUUUCUAGCGAAAAAAAAACUCUUGCUUGAAUAAUAGAAACUGAAAAAAUAUAUUUCCAAAUCUCUCUGAGGUGUCAUUCAAAUGAAAUGUUGCGAAUUCGACGGGAAAAUCUAGAGCCAUAAAAAAGAAGUUUAACUUUAUAGAAAAGUCGAUACUUAAGGUUCUUGUAAGACGUAAUCUUAGAAAUAAAUUAUUGUCGAAUUGCGUGUGUCGUGAUUUAGUGUUGGGAAUGAAGUAUGAUAAAUUCUAGUGAUUUGAAAAAAAAAAAUUGAAUAAAUGAUUCAAACGCGAAACGAAACAUCAGACUGAUUAUAUGUUACAAUUUUAUUAAUAAAUUUUGUCGUACCUAAA